AUGUUGAUAGUGGGUUUGACUGGAGGUAUAGCUACCGGGAAAUCAACGGUUUCCAACCAAUUGAAAGAAACAUACAAGAUUGAUGUUGUAGAUGCUGAUCUAAUUGCCAAGGAAGUGGUUUUACCGGGACAGGCUGCUUACAAGCAAAUUGUAGCGAAGUUUGGGUCUGAGAUCCCUGAUCUCUUACUUGAAGACCAAAACUUGAAUAGAGAAGCGUUGGGGAAACAUGUGUUCGGCAACCAUGAACAUCUCAGGAUAUUGAAUGCCAUAGUGCACCCAGCAGUGAAGAGAGCAAUUUUCUGGAGGCUUUUCAAGGCAUAUUUGACAUUUUCCAGACUUGUUAUACUUGAUGUUCCUUUACUAUUUGAAUCUGGUUUGCACUUAAUUUGUGGGAAAGUUAUCACUGUGACGUGUAACAAAGAUACACAGUUGGAAAGGUUAUUAUCUCGGAACCCAACGUUGACUUCGGAGGAUGCACAAAAAAGAAUUGGCAGCCAAAUGACUAACGAAGAAAGGUGCUACAGGGCUGAUAUAGUGAUAGACAACAACCAAUCCUUGAAGGAAUUAGAAAGAAAAAUUGCGUCUGUGGUCAAGGAGGUGAUGCCAAGCUGGUUUUUUAGUAUUGUGGACUGGUUCCCACCUUUUGGGCUCUUAUCUGCUUUGCUCACAAUGACAUCGCGAUAUGCGAUUGACCGGUUUAAGGUUGGCCGCCCAAAGAGAGAGUAG